GCGAGGUGCAGAGCUGCAACACGCAGGGUCAAGGGAGUAGUUGUGAUUGCAAAGCGCUACGAGAGUCGUGCGAGUGCCGUGCUUCAUCGCUGCGGUCGAACGUCACGCAGCGGACGCGAACGCAUGGCCAUGCGCGCCAUCCUCGCGCUAGCCGGCGCAGCGGCAUUCACAGCCACAACACCAGCCGCAAAGCAGAAGAAACCGGACACCGCGAGCGAGUUCGGCGACGAGCUCGACUUGUCAUUGGCUUUCUUCCGCGAGGAGGGCCGGCCGGCCCGAGAUCUCGCUGUGCUCGCCUGCUCGUAUGCGCUCGAAAGCCGACAAAAGGUAAGGGUCCUCGACGCGUGUGCGGGCGCCGGCGCGCGGACGCUCCGCUACCUCCGGGACCUCCCUUCGGACGUGGAAGUCCUCGCCAACGAGCCGAAUGAUGGGACGCAGCUCGAGGCGAACUGCUUGACGUAUGAUAACGUAAAAUUCGCGUCCGGCGACGCCGGCGAGCUGCUCGCGCGCAACCCGAGGAGUUUCGACGUCGUCGACGUCGACUCGUUCGGGUUGAGCGGCGACCCGGCUUUAGCGGUCCAGGCGGCUUUGAGUGGAGGCGUCGUGUUGCUAGCGACGACGGGCGCCGCGGCCGCCGGCGCGCGCGGCAAGGCCGCGCGGGCCGCUCUGAAAAAACGACUGGGCUGUGCCGCGUGCAAGACGCCCGCGCAGAACGAGCUCGGACUACGGAUGCUGCUGGGCGCGGCGGCGCGGGCGGCGUCUGAUGAUGACGCCGUGCUCCGGCCGCUGUUCUCGCACUACGCGGCGCACGGGCCGGUCUUUCGCGUCGCGGCCGUCGUCGAUAGAAGUGGUGACUCGGACGCGCGAGGGGAGCAGUUCCUGGUCUGCUGCCGGAGCUGCGGCCAGGCCGCGUUUUCGCCUUCAGUACUAACGAGUUGCGGAACCUGCGGCGAGGACCUGGGCGAGGACGCCGUCGCGGGCCCGGUGUGGGCGGGCCCUUUACAUGAUUUCAAUGCGAUCGCGGCGAUGCGCGCCGACGCGGAGGGGCGGGGCUGGGUCGGCGACCGGGGCUACGGGCGGAAGCUCGCGAGGUUACUGGACACGUUGGUGGACGAGAGCCGCGACGCGGACCUCGACGCGUCUCUAUUUAUAUCGUUGGACGACGUCGCGCGGCGCGCCGGCGUCCGCACGCCGUCGAAGGGCGGCCUCGUCGCCGCGUUAGACAAGGCGGGCUUCCGCGCUGCGUCGACGCACGUCGAGGGCAAGGCCGUCAAGACCGACGCGCCCAUGGCGGCUUGUGUUGACGCGGCGCGUGUUGCGGACGCCGCGGGGAGUUAA